AUGGCCGCCGAGCAGUUGCUGCAGUCAAACUCUCUCAACACGUGCCAGGAUGAUUCCAGCUUCACGGCCAGUCUGUUCAACGUCAUCUUCACCCCCACCAACGGUAGUGCCGCCAUCAACAUCGUCGCUGUUUCCUCCGUCCAGGGUAGCAUCGUCUUCGAUGUCUCCAUUUCGGCCUACGGUUACGAAUUCUUGAGGCGCACUGUUGACCCUUGUAGUAUCAACCUCGCCGGUCUAUGCCCCAUGACUGCCGGAAAGAUCACCAUGAACUUCAACCUUCCCGUUAGCCAGGAAGCCGUUAGCCAGAUUCCCGGAAUCGCCUACAACAUCCCCGAUCUCGACGCCACUGUCCGUGUCUUCGUCAACCUGACCAAUACCGACCAGAGUGUCGCCUGCGUCGAGGCUGACAUUUCCAACGGAAAGACUGUCGAUUUGAUUGGAGUCAAGUGGGCCACCGCCAUCAUCGCCGGCUUGGGUUUGAUCUCGUCCGCUGUCAUCUCCGGCCUCGGUCACACCAACACCGCCGCCCACGUUGCCGCCAACACCCUGUCCCUCUUCGGCUACUUCCAGUCUCAGGCCAUCGUGGGUCUCACUGGUGUGCACCUGCCCCCCAUUGUUCAGUCGUGGACUCAGGACUUCGUUUGGUCCAUGGGAAUCAUUCGCGUCCAGUUCAUGCAGGACAUCUUUACUUGGUACCAGCGAGCCACGGGCGGAACCCCGUCUACUCUCCUCAACUCCUUGACGACCACCUCGGUCCAGGUCGAGAAGCGUUCGCUCGAUUGGGGACUUUCCGCUGCCAGGAUGGCCCGGCGCGGCAUCGAAGCCGGUGCUUCUAGUAUCGCCAAGAGAGCCAACAUCCAACUGUCUUCCGGCAGCUUCAUCGUCUUCGGUAUUCAGCGAGUCGCCUUCCGCGCCAAGAUCGAAUCUACCAACCUCUUCAUGACUGGCCUGUCCUUCUUCUGCGUCUUCGUCAUCUUCACCGUCCUUGGUGUCGCCGCCUUCAAGGGAUUCUGCGAGUUGGCUGUGCGACAGAAGUGGAUGAAGAGUGAGAAGUUCCUCGAGUUCCGCAACGGGUGGUUCACCGUCCUGAAGGGCAUCCUCUUCCGCAUGACCUUGAUCGGUUUCCCUCAAAUGUCGAUUUUCUGCCUGUGGGAGUUCACCCAGGUCGACUCCGCCGCCGAAGUCGUUCUCGCCGUCUUCUUCCUCUUCGGCAUGGCCAUCACCCUUGGCUGGGCCUCUUUCAAGGUCAUUCGUAUCGCCCGCCGCUCCGUCGCCAUGCACCGCAACCCUGCCUACAUCCUUUUCUCGGACCCCCAGGCUUUGAACAAAUGGGGUUUCCUCUACGUCCAGUUCCGCGCCUCGGCUUACUACUUUAUUGUACCCAUGCUUGGUUACACGCUCGUCAAGGGCAUGUUCGUUGCCUUUGCCCAGCGUAGUGGAACCGUUCAAGCCAUUUCUUUUGUCAUCAUCGAGGCGGCGGCCCUCAUCGCUGCCAGCGUCCUUCGCCCCUGGAUGGACAAGAGCACCAACUCGUUCAACAUUGCCAUCUUCGUCAUGAACUUCCUCAACGCCAUCUUCCUGCUCAUCUUCUCGGACAUCUUCGGCGCGCCCCCCUUGGUCAACGGUAUCGUCGGAGUGGUGCUGUUCAUCGCCAACGCGGCCUUCGCACUGAUUCUCUUGCUGCUUGUUAUCGUCAGCAGCACAUUGAUCUACUUCCGCAAGAACCCCGACGCCCGUUACCAGUACAUGGCCGACGACCGCGCCUCUUUCAUGAAGUCACAGACUCAGCUGCACACUACUACUGAGCUGGAUGCCCUGGCUGCCACCGCCCGAGGCGACAAGGCCCAUUACAAGAAGGGGCUCGACCUCGACGACGACAACGACUCUAUUUCAUCCGAAUCUAUGCGCCGCCGCGUUGACCCGUCGGGUGUCCCUGUGCCUCCGUCGACUGCCCAGUCAGCGGCCCAGUCUCAACAAUCUAUGCAGCGACCUGGCGGCCCGAACGGCCAAGUCCAGUCUCCGGUGGACCCCUCGACCCCUCUGUUCCCGGCCGAUAACCGCCACCCUUACGGACAGGCCCCGAUGAGGACGCCGAGCCCGUACAACGGUAACCCCAACCAGCAGAGGCAACAAAAUAACUCGAGCCCUGGACAGUUCAGGACGCAGAACAACGUCAGCCCCUGGCAGCGAGGUGCCGGUUAUGACUAG